CACAAACGCUUCAUGGAUCUUUUCGCGUUAGGGCGUCGCCCCAUCGUGCAACUUCUCCUCUGUUUCUCCCUCAAGGAGUCUCCGAGGGACUCCCAUCUCCUCCCCCGACCCCCCCCCUCCGACGGUUUGACCUUCCCAACCGACCAGAUUUGAUCAGAUAUAUCGCGGCCUCUGUUUCCCUCCGUUUGAUCCCCACCUUCAAUUUAUCGUUGUGGAUCCAAAUUUGGUGAUCCAUUCUUUCACAAUGUUAUUCCAAGGCUUCUUGUAGUGCUCUCUGCCGUCUCCCAACCUUUUCUCUCCGAUCCUACUAUUUCUUGUUUGUUAUUUAGCAUUUUACAGUUAUCAGUCAUGGCUAUUCGGUUCACCGUCAAUUACACGGGCAUUCUCGCCCAAAAUCUUGCGUCUUCGGCUUCUUCCAAGGCCGGAAGCUGCCGAUACUUGAAUGGGUACCUCCCAGUCCGCCCAGGCUUCUUCAAAAUCCCAGAUUCGAAGACCUUUGAUUUCCGACGGCCCGAUCUCGUCAGUCCUUACUCAUCGGCGUCCAGCUUGUCAGCCCACUCUGUGAUCUCUGAUGAGAACGUCGGUGGAAAUUCGUCUUCACCGCUGAUCGUUGGUUUGGCUUCGUUGUUGAAAUCCUCGCCGGUUUCAUCUUCUCAUGGGGAUUCGUCUCUCAGGAAGGCGUCAGUCGUCCCCUUUCUGCAAGCGUCGAAGUGGUGUCCCGAUGGUAGCGAGUCCAACACGGGCGCGGCUGCCAGUACUCAACAGGACAGCGCAACACUUGAGCGAAACAAAGAGGUUUCUGUAUCCGCUGCUAUUUUCUCCGAUCCAUUGAAGCUCUCGAAGGAGACUUCAACUUGGUUCUCGAAAAUGUUCAGUUCCUGCUCAGAGGAUGCAAAGGCGGCCUUCACAGCUUUGAGUGUCAGCAUACUGUUUAAGUCUUCCCUGGCGGAGCCCAAGUAUAUUCCUUCUACUUCUAUGUACCCUACUCUUGAUGUGGGUGACCGCAUUAUGGCUGAGAAGGUCUCAUACAUAUUCAGGAAGCCUGAAGUAUCAGAUAUUGUGAUAUUCAAAGCUCCUCCAAUUCUUCAGGAGUUCGGCUUUAGUUUCGGAGAAGUCUUCAUAAAAAGGGUCGUAGCGAUAGCUGGUGACUACGUUGAAGUUCAUGAUGGGAAAUUGUAUGUGAACGGCAUUGCUGAAGAUGAAGACUUCAUUCUGGAGCCCCUUGCUUAUGAAAUGGAGCCGAUGCUUAUUCCUGAAGGAUAUGUGUUCGUUAUGGGGGACAACCGCAACAACAGCUUCGACUCUCAUAACUGGGGUCCACUUCCGAUUGAAAACAUUAUUGGCAGAUCAGUCUUUCGGUAUUGGCCGCCCUCUAAAGUUUCAAACACACUGCAUAGCUCACAGAAGAAGAAGAAAGAUUUUGCCUUCUCCUGACCCUAUCCCCUUCUACAUGAAACAUAUCUAACUGCUUGCUUCAUUCUCUUGAUUAUAUUUUUGCCAUCACUUCCCAGAUCAGCUGUAAAUACUACUAUAGCUAAAUUGGGUGAAGAAGCUUUGAAGACUGUUGAUGAAUUUUAUUUAAAUCUCUCUCCCCCACAUUUGGUACCUCACAUCUGUUUUUGUAAAUUCCCAUCUCAUUGUAAGUUUCUUGCAAUCCACCCCCUGGUUAUUUAAAUUUAGUAAAUUCACCGGCCGAAGCACGUUUACAAAAGUAGACGGGAAGGGAUUAUUGACGAUUGUUUAAAUGUGGUACUCCGUAUAUAACGGGGGUGGGAUGGAUUGCAUGAAAAUUGGCAUGAAGGGUCAUGUUACAGAAUCAUGAACAAUUGAGGGACCAAAAUGACACUUUUCCCUUGAUGUUUAUGCUAGUCCAUAUCUUUAAUGUUUAAUUGUUUAUGCUAGUCCAUAUAUGUAUAGCAUUGGCUAGUGUUUGGAUCUCUUUUGCAAAUUGGAAGGAAAGUUGAUUUGAGAAAAGACUGCGUGUGUAUAUAUAUUUCUUCUUUUAUUAUUUAGGUAACGACGUGGCAG